AUGUCGUUCAUCAAACGCCUGCAGUUCGUCUCGCUCGCCGACACUCCCUUCGACCCUUCGCACCGGUUCGCGACAUCGUGGCUGCUGCCGCCGGGCGUGCUGUUCGCCUUCCGCGCGCUGCUGUCCGUCUACGCCUUCACCGCCGUCUUCUUCAAUCUGGGAUGGCGCGGCGCCCGCCACCUCGGCGGCGCCGGCCAGUCUUUUUCGUACUUCACCAACCUCACGUAUUGGGGGCUGGCGUUCUACUUCGCCUUCGCCGCCCUGCACACGGGCACGUACUGGCUGACUGGCCGCCCGCUAUUGGCCCGGUGGCCGCCGGCGCUGCAGGUGUUGCACACCGUUUACUACAGCACCAUUACUAAUUUUCCGUUUAUCGUGACGA